AUGAGCGAUGUCCAGUUCGCCGUGGGGUGGGAUUAUGGUGCCGUGAAGAUCAUUCCAGCUCACAGCUACAUCUACACGGAUGCCGUGAAAAACCUGACCCAGGAAAACAUCUUCCCUACAAUAGUCUGCGCUAACAAGUAUGACUUGCCACUGUUGGUCAUAAUCUGUUGUGAUUUCAUCGUGAAAGGGCUGACCAGCGGCAACUGCCUGAAUAUCCUGGAUAAUGCGGUUCUCCACGCGGAUGUUGCACCGAGUGUCCUGGAGAAAUGUUUAAGCCUUAUUGAUGGAUCAGUGGACACUGUCUGGCAGUCGGAGCAGUUCUGUGCGAUUGGACACAAGGCACUUUGCAUGAUUCUCCAACGCGAUACGCUGGCCGCCUCUGAAGACACCAUUUGUUCGUCGGUGGGCCGCAAAGAUGUGCACGCCAGGUGGGCCGCAAAGAUGUGCACGCGACAAAACAUGGACGCUUCCUCCGCCAAUCGGCGCGAAGUACUGGGCCAGGCGUUGUUUCUUAUCCGAUUUUCGCUCCUGACCGAUGUCCAGCUGCUCAUUGGUCCCCUGAAGAUACGGGCUUCGCACCCGUGUAUCAUCAAUAAGGCAGACACUCCGCUUCUAUAA